GUUUGUUAUUGAUGGCUGUCCAAAAUUGUUUAUCAUCAAAUUGGCAGCUUGUGUUAGCCUGUUUGUUGUUCAAUCUCGUCUUUUACCUGUGUCUUUGGGUGUUAACCAGGAACCAAACAUGACGUCACCGCUCUUCAAUCAUGAUCGAUCCCGAGGUUGAAACAGUGGCUCUCCCUUCCCUUCCAUUAUCAGAUAAGCUGCAGGCAGGAAAUAAACAAGGCUCAGACACGAUGUUCGUUCUCACCCGGAUAGCCAGAAAUCUGCCGAAAUUUUUACCGCAGAUGAGCAUCUGCAGGCAGGAAGCUUAUAUCGGGUCGAGAUCGAUUCAUACGAGCUGCACGUUCAAUAGAAAAGAAGAUGUGAGGGCGUCCCUGCCUCCCAUAGACGAUGGUACCGAGGGAGAAAAGUCAAUCAACGUCGAUGCCAUUAUUCAAACCCGGGAUGACAUGUUUCCUACAGGAAAUACAAUGAACGUGUUGUUCAACGGCAUACCAUUUUCUCAAGUUCCCAUUUGUAACAUCAGAGUUUCUAGGAACAACACCAUUUUUACCAUGACGGAAGCAAAAACAGGUGAAGUGAAGUUGAUACGAUCUUGUGGUAUUGAAGGUUUCAAAAAUACAAGAAAAGGUUCGAACGUUGCAGCUCAAGCGACAGCCAUCACAUUCGGAACGAAUGCUGUAAGGAAAGGAUAUGGAACAAUUAGGGUUCGCAUUCAGGGCCUUGGACCUGGACGAAUGUCUGCGAUAAAAGGUCUGCAGAUGGCUGGGUUAAACAUAAUAUCAAUUACAGACAGUACUCCAGUUUCAUGGUGGCCACCACGACCUCGAAAACAACGAAGGCUGUAAUUGUUUUAACUAUAUAGCUCAUAGAGAUAUUGUAAAUAAAUGUUUUUUUCAUGUUGA